AUGGUGCUUCCUCUCAUGCUCAAGGAGUUCACUCCGGACGCCGUGUCUAUCAUGGGUCUGGGAGCUGUGUCUGCUGCCGUCAUGUCUUCCAUGGACAGCGCUGUGCUGGGCUCCAGUUCCAUGUUCACCCACAACCUGUACAAGCCCUCCCUCCGUCCGAAAGCGAGCGACAGAGAACUACUGUGGGUCCAACGGCUGUCCAUCUUCGUCAUCGGCGCUGCAGCCACCGCCAUGUCCAUCUACAUCCGCACCGUGUGGGGCCUUUUUGUCCUAGCCGCCGACAUUGUCUACGUCAUCGUCCUGCCGCAGCUGACAUGCGCACUCUUUGUCCCCAGCACCAACGCUUACGGCGCGCUCACCGCCUUUCUCGCCGGCGCCAUCUUGAGAAUCGGGGCAGGGGAGACCACUCUAAACCUGCCUGCCUUCAUCCGGUAUCCGCUCUACGACGAAGGGACAGGCGAGCAGAAGUUUCCUUUUCGUCUCGUCGCCUUCGCGGCGGCCAUGUUGUGUCACGUGGUAGUCUCCGUGAUGAUGGCUACGUGUUUCAAGAGAGGAUGGCUUCCAGCUGCUUGGAACCGGCUUAGGGGCCGAUGA